GGCUGUGGAACAAGCAAUGAAUUUGUUUCAUCCUAAAAACGUUUUAUUCCAAGACUCUCUCUGGUGGAGUCUGAAAGUGUUAGCCUUCCUGACAGUAUGCGGUCUGACCUGGGAGAUAACUAGAGCUAUGCGCAUUUCACGACAACGUCGUGGUAAGAGUCUUCUCAUUCCUAGCGUAUCUGUAUAAUUUUACACUUUUUGUCCCAAAUCUAGGUUUCCCGUAAUAACUCUAGCCUCCAACCUUUUAUUUUGCGGUCGUAUUAAUCCUGUAGUACCCUGCCAAUUGACAGACACAUUGCUCGCUUAUGUGCUUGAACCAAGUGCAUAUUUCAAAUGAACUUCUGCGCAAGGCUUCCAAUCUAGUCACUAACUAUCCCUGUUUAUUUUAUACGCAUACACGGCACUGAUCAUACUCCUCACCCUCCUCCCCCAGGGGCAAACGCACCAUCUAAUAUUAGGGGGGAAGAGGGCUCAGUUUCAAUGCUACUGAUACAAGCCUCUUUUCAAUUAAAUUACAGUCCAUCAUCAAAACGAUGAGAUGAUUGGCUCACGCAAGAAACAGCGAUUAGAAUUAGAAACUACAGUAACUGAAUUCUACAACAAUGCAAGGGAAAUUUUCAGACGAUUAUCGAUCAAACACAGAGAGGAAAGAAAGCAGUUAGUGAACCAAACCAAGCAAACGGCGAGGAGGUACGAUGGAAAGUACGCUUGGAUUAAACCAUGACUGGUGCAUCGGAAGUGACGCAGGAGUCCAACGGGUGCGAUACCAUUGUGGGC